GCCUAACCUUACCCGCUCCAUACAUAACCCGGCGGCCGCAUCUCCGGUCCCCCAAUUCGGCAGUUCUCCUCCUUCUCCAAGCAAAAAUCACAAGGGUUUUAGGGUUCUAGAACGAGCGGGUCGGCGAGAACAGCCAUGGACGCCUCCCCCGAGCUGCAACAGUUCCUGGAGCAAGAGAAGCACAAGAUGAUGAUGAGUGAGAUGGUAACCAAGCUGACGAAUGUGUGCUGGGACAAAUGCAUAACCAGCACUCCAGGAAGCAAGUUCAGCUCCGGUGAAAGUACCUGCCUGACCAAUUGCGCUCAGAGGUACCUUGACAUGAGCGUGAUAAUUGCGAAGAGGUUUGAGAUGCAGUAGGGCGUCUCCAACUUCAGCCGGUUGUUGCGUCAUCAAAAAGUUUCCAAACUCCAAGCUUCCUUUGAACAUGCCAACAAUGGCGAGUUUUAACAGUGAAAAUAUUGAAUCUUCCGUCGUAAACGCUUGGUUAAUAGUUGUAUCUGUGGUGAACCUUGAUGUGUUUAGCUUUCUUGUGAAGCUACUGUCAUUUGAUUCUCUGAUCACUUAGUUGGUUUCGUUUCAAGUCAAUCUAUAUGAAGUCUGGCAACAAGUCAUGAAAUUAAGGGGUUGUUUGGAUUGUGACUAUCUU